AUGCGCAAAAAGUACGCAAAAAAUACGCAAAAAAUACGCAAAAAAUGCACAAAAAAUGCGCAGAAAAUUCCCGCAAAACAAACAAUGGGGGAGAAAAGCAACGAUCUGAGCAAAGUGCACGAAAUAAAGGCCAUCCUGAGGAGGAUAAAAAAGAGCGAAAACGCCAAGGAGAAAUUUGGCAACAUUUUAAAGCUGUCCAGAUAUACAAGCUAUCUACAAGAAGGGGAGAAAUUAAAAGUGUCCCAAUGCAUCGAUGUUCACUUCAUUUCGUUUCUACUUCGGUCGGACAACUGCUUCCAGCUGUUUGCUCUCCGGCUAGUUAACAGCUUAGUGGCUGAGUCGACUCAGGCCUACUUGAGAAGGUGCAUGCCUUUUGUUAACUCAAUUAUUUUUUAUUACUGCGAUUUUGUGAAUGAGCUGAAUGAGCAGGUGGGGGCCAAGAGAGCCAGGGCGGAGGGAAAGGGGGAAGGCUCGGACGGAUCAGACGGAUCGGAAAGAUCACACGAAUUGGAAGACGCGUGGGGGAACUACAGCACCGAGGGGAUCAACGACAUCUACUGCGAAUGCCUGGAGUACCUCCUGAAGAUGCUACCGUUUUUAAAAGAAGGGGAAAUUGUGGACAACUCCUUUUUUCCUCGAGAAGGGAACAGCGUCAGCUUUGACGCCGACAUGUAUUUUUUGCAGAAGCGGCUAAAGAAAGGGGGGAGUCCUCCCCCGCCAGCGCCCUUCGGAGGGGCACGGGGCGGACUCAAGGGGGUUAAGGAGUCCCUCCAUGGGGGGGAAAAGAGGGAAGACUUCCAUGUGGGGGAAGCAGUCAUAGAAGGGGUCAGGGAAGGGGUUAGCGAAGGGGUCAGCGAAGGAGUCGGCGAAGGGGGAGACAUGCUCGAGGGGGAUACCUCGAGGGAUACCUCCAGGGAGGACCCCUCCUCCGGAGAAGAGGAUGUUCUCGCUGAGCCCGUCAGCUUGGUGGAGCUCCUUUUCGACGCGCUCAGCGAGAACAUCCGGAUGGUGGAGGUGAUGCGCUCAACGGUGGGGGAGUGCAACGGAGGGGAAGAACUCCCCAAGGGGGAAGAAACCCCAAAAGGGGUAAACACCCCUAAUGGAGAAAACACUCCCAAGGGGGAAACCCCCCCCAAAGGGGAAACCCAUAACGGGGGACUCCCUAACGGGGAACCCCCUAACCGGGCUGCGCCCCCCCCGGACAAAGCCUCCCUUGUGCUGAACCGCGUGCGGGGGGCGGAGUGCCUCCUGAACAGCAGAAGCGUAGACAUGACCCUGCUACUCCUAAACAACACGUUGCUAAAGCUGAGCGGCAGCCAAUUCGUGCAGGAGUACUUCCACCUACUCAACAGAGUGAUCGAAACGUAUAGCCAAAACAGAGUCACCUCAAUGAAGUGCCAAAUCAAUCUGAACGUUCAUAUAAAGAAGCAAGGCUGCUUAAACGUGUUGGAAAGAAGGAGCGUAUACAAACUGUAUGCCAAUAUCAUUUGCCUUUUUUCCAAAGUGAAGGUGCAAGAGGAGAAGGAGGUCCUCUACACCCUCUUUUCCAGUGUCUACUCCUGUCUGAGCUUUUCCUUCCUAAAUGAGAGAAGCGUCGACAUUUUAAAAACCCCCCUAUCUUAUAUGAACGUAGAGCUUUACCUCUUUGCAGAACAGGUGAUGAAGCACAUAGGGGGAGAGAAGCACAUGGGGGGGGACACUUAUCCCUUUGGGGGGACCUCCUCCCGGCAGAUCAUCCCACUCAUCUGCCGCAACAUCGAGCAUGUGGUUAAUUUUAUCGGCCAAGAUGGGGUCUGCGCAGUAAAGGGACAGGCGGCGGACUCAGCAGGGGACCCCCCCCCCCGAGUGAACCUCCCCAUGGGCGAGCUGCACACCAUUAUAGGCAAAAUCAAAAAGGCGAUCGAAGUUGUGAUUGAGUUCUUUAAGGAUGUGAAGUCCCACCUCCGCGGGGUGGGCGAGCAGGGAGAAGUGAAUCGGUCGGGCGAAAAGCGAGGAGUGAAUCGGUCCGGCGAACAGCGAGCAGUGAAUCGAUCCGGCGAACCGGACAAACUGAAUCGCUCAGGGGAACCUUUCAAAACGCUGAAGGAAGAUUUUAACCCGCAGCUAACCUCCAUGAUGCACCUCCUUUGCAACUAUUUGCUCUUCGAAAAUGGGCACUACGUGGACGAUCUGCUGGGCCUACUGGAGCUGUUCGCCAUCUGGGCAGAUGAGGAAAGGGACUUCUUGGCCUUCCUCCUAAUUAUAAAACACGUGCAUGCAGAUCGGUACAUCCACAGCAAGCAGUUCGUAACGAAGCUCUUUCUCCUCAUACUCGACCCAUCCAUGAAAAACAUUGUGCACAUAAAAAUCCUGUAUGACAUUUUUUACAAAUGCAUUUUUAACGUUGUAGAGUCUGUGCAGAUUGUUCAAAAUCAUCACAUGGUGAAAUUUCCGCCUGAACAUGUUCAUAAUUUUUUUUCCCAAGAUUACGAUUUAGUUCUUCCGUGCAACAUACCAAUUGACAAGCUGAACGGAGUGCCCUUCGUCUACAUCAUAUGUGAAGACGAGUACAGCAAAAGGAUGGACGACCAACUGUUCACCCGCAAUAUAAGCAGCCUCCUUUCCUUUUCUGUGAAUUUCUUUUUUCACUACUACUUCUUUUUUUUGAUGCCCUCAAAGGGGCAAGCAGCCAAAUCGGAGUCCUACCUCUUCGAACGCAACUACUUCAAUGCUUCCGCUGGGCACAUUCGAACGGACGAGCGCGGAUUUUUCCUCGCGCUUAAGGUUCUUUUCACCAUUUCGUCGCUGCUCUUCCUGCGCUUUGACGCCUCCGUUCUGGCCGCCCUCCUGGACCGGCACCCCGCGCUCUUCCUGCAGGACUGCCUCAUUGCUUCCCUCCUCAACCUGAAAUUUGAGGUCGAAUUGGGAAAAGACGUAGAAGGGGAAGGCACACUGAAGGAGAAAGAAGCAACCCGCAAGAGGAGCAAAAGGCUUAAGUACUUUCUCCAAAAUUUGGGAUUAAUCUACCUCGUUAUGUAUUACCAUCCCACGUUUGUGUCGCUCCUAAUUUUUCGCCUCAAACAGGUGAAGAAGGCCUGCGGGGAGAUCCGUUUCCAGACGAGCAAAGCGAACAUGCAGGAGAGGCACCUCUCCAUUUGUGCCUUUUUAAACAGGUUCAUCGAGACGUACGUGUGA